AUGAUGGUUCCCAAAAUUGUUCAAUUUCUCAUUCUCUUAUAUCUCUCUACAGUUACUUCCGCUUCAAUUGAGGAAGCAAUUGCCCUCCUAAAAUGGAAAGCAACUUUCAAGAACAAGACUAAUUCCUUAUUGGCUUCAUGGACACAAAGUUCAAAUGCAUGUGAGGAUUGGUAUGGGGUUAUGUGCUCAAAUGGUAGGGUAAGCAAGUUGGAUAUUCAAGGUGCUCGUGUCAUCGGUACACUCUAUGAUUUUCCAUUUUCGAUUCUCCCUUUUCUUGAAUAUGUUGAUCUUAGUGUGAAUAAUCUCUCUGGAACUAUCCCGCCUGAAAUUAGCAAUCUCACUAAUCUUGUCUAUCUUGACUUGCACACCAAUAUGCUUUCAGGCACAAUCCCAUCACAAAUCGGCUCACUAGCCAAGCUCCAGAACAUUAACAUCUAUGACAACCUUUUAAAUGGUUCCAUUCCUGCCUCAUUGGGCAAUUUGACCAACUUGUCUAUUUUGUUUCUUUAUCAGAAUAAUCUUUCUGGCUCGAUUCCUACAGAAAUAGGUUAUAUAAGGUCUCUUACUUCUCUAGAUUUGGGUACUAAUUCUCUUAAUGGUUCUAUUCCAGCUUCAUUGGGAAAUUUGAUCAACUUAUCUAGUUUGUUUCUUAAUGAGAAUCACCUUUUUGGCAAUAUUCCUACUUCAUUGGGAAAUUUGACCAACCUUUCUAUUUUGUAUCUUCAACAGAAUAACUUUUCUGGCUCCAUUCCUGAAGAAAUAGGUUACUUAAGGUCUCUUAGUCAACUAGUUUUGGCUAAAAAUUCUCUAAGUGGUGCAAUUCCUGCUUCAUUGGGGAAUUUGACCAGCUUAACCUCUAUGUAUCUUCGUGAGAAUCAUCUUUCUAGCUCAAUUCCUGAAGAAAUAGGUUACAUCAACACUCUUAGUUAUUUAGAUUUGUCUACUAAUUUUCUUAAUGGUUCUAUUCCUUCUUCUUUGGGGAAUUUGAACAACUUGUAUCUUUUGUCUCUUUAUGCUAACAACCUUUCUGGUUCGAUUCCAAGUGAGUUGGGGAAUAUAGGAAGACUUGUUACUAUGUUUUUAAAUAUUAAUCAACUCGUUGGUUCAAUUCCGGAUUCCUUAGGCAACUUGAGAAACUUGCAAUGGAUGUAUCUCCACAACAAUAAUCUCACUGAGAAAAUUCCUUCAUCGUUCUGCAAUUUGAUGAAAUUGGAAGUGGUGUAUUUAGGGAGAAACAACUUGAGGGGAGAAAUUCCGCAAUGUCUAGUUAAUAUUAGUGGACUCCAGGUAUUGAAAAUAGAAGAUAAUAAUCUUGGUGAAGAUAUCCCUUCGUCUAUUUGCAAUCUAACAUCCCUAAGGAUUUUAGAUUUGGGUAGAAACAAUUUGAAGGGGGCAAUUCCACAAUGUUUUGGCAACAUGGGUGGUCAUCUUGAGGUUUUGGAUAUCCACCAAAACAAUCUUUAUGGGACUCUUCCAGAAAUUUUUACCAUUGGAAGUGCACUCAGAAGCUUAGACUUGCAUGACAAUGAAUUAGAAGGAAAAAUCCCCCCAUCUUUAGCCAAUUGCAAGAACUUGGAAAUUCUUGAUUUAGGAGACAAUCACUUUAGUGAUACAUUCCCAAUAUGGUUUGAAACUUUGCCAAAUCUGAAAGUUUUAAGCUUGAGAUCGAACAAAUUACAUGGGCCAAUUAGAGGUUUAAGUAAUGAAAACAUGUUUUCUAAGCUUCGAAUCAUAGAUCUCUCUUACAAUGCUUUCACAGGAAACUUGUCAACUAGUCUGUUUCAAAAAUUAAAAGCCAUGAGGACAAUUGAUCAAACCGCGAAUAUACCAACAUAUCUUGGUAAAUCUGGAGAGAGAGAUUACAAUGAUUCUGUAACCAUUUCAACAAAAGGAAGAGAGUAUGAACUUGAUAGAAUUUCAACAAUUUUCAAGACUAUCGAUCUUUCAAGUAACAAAUUUGAAGGACAUAUUCCAAGUAGUUUGGGAGAUCUCAUUGCACUUCGGGUGCUAAAUUUGUCUCAUAACAAAUUACAAGGUAAUAUACCAUCAUCACUUGGAAGUUUAUCUUUAAUCGAAUCAUUGGAUUUUUCAUUUAACCAGCUUUCGGGAGAGAUACCACAACAACUUGUUGGUAUGACGUUUCUUGCAGUCUUAAAUCUCUCUCACAAUCAUCUCCAAGGUUGCAUUCCUCAAGGACGUCAAUUUGAUACAUUUGAAAAUAAUUCAUAUGAAGGUAAUGAUGGAUUACGAGGAUUUCCACUUUCGAGAAGUUGUGGAAGUAAUUGGACACCAGAGACAAAUAAUAGCGAUUAUGAGUCAGAUGAUGAAGAAAGCAAUUCUGAAUUUCUAAAUGAUUUCUGGAAAGCUGCUCUUAUGGGAUAUGGAAGUGGGCUAUGUAUUGGAUUAUCCAUUAUAUAUAUCAUGAUCUCAACUGGAAAUUUGAAAUGGCUUGCAACAAUUUUUGAAAAAUUGGAACACAAAAUUAUGAUGCGACAAUUAAGGAAGCAGCAAAGUCAAAGGUGCUUGGGGGAACAUUUGGUGGAAUGCUCAUGAGAAAUGUAAUGUUAUGAACUUUGAUGUUAUAUCAAGUUUAUGUAAGAUAUUAGUGUAUUCAAUAUGUUGUGUAUAUUGGAU